AUGAAGUCUGUUGUUGCUGCUUCUGCUGCGCUCGCCGCUCUCGCCGCUGGUGUCUCGGCUCAGUCGGUUCCUGCCUUCCGAUAUGGUACACCUAGUGCCUCGUACCCAGGUGUCAGGGGUACCAACAAGAACGGCCCCACCAACCCUUCGGCUCCUCAGCUCAACACCGCCAUCAACCAGACCUCCGACUCUCGCCUUGCUUCGCUCAACUCGGUCGAGGAUUGGUGCACAUUCGGCCCCCAGGUUCCCGGUACCGUCAUUGGCAACGUCGAGGGCGAGACUGUCGCUUACUGCACCAAGCCCCGUAACAAUGCCCGUGUGAUUCCCGACGGUACCGUCACUGCUGCCCACUUCGUCAAGACUCCCCUUUACGUCCAACUCAUGGCUCUCGGUGACUUCACCAAGAUCGGCCUUGUCGCUGGUGACGAGGGUGGUGAGCUCGACCCUCACGGCGCCACCAACAUGGGCAACCCCGUCGGCGGUAACGUCACCUCCAACGUGUCCGGACAGGAUGUCUUCUACGAGGAGUGGAUGAACUACGUUUCGUACAACCAGCUCUGCUUCCGUAUCUGCAUCGCUGGCUCGGAGCAGGCUCCCACCGCCCUCGAGUGCCAGCACGAGCUCGACGUUAUGGGCUGCAACUUUGUCAUGCCCGGUAACUAUGCCGACAACGUCUUCGAGACCUGCGAGGGUGAUGCCGCCUACCCACCCGGUCUCUACCCUCAGGGCAACGGACAGACUUCGACCUUCCACCAGUACUACACUGGCGAGUAUGUCGUCGCCGGAACUACUUACUCGUACACCAACGGCGCUGCCGAUCAGACCACACCUACCGCCGCCUACUCCACCCCUAGCACCUCGAACUGCCAGACCACCGCCUCGAUCUCGAAUGGCAUCAAGUCGCUCGUCUCGUCGUCGUCGUCGGCUGCCACCACCUCGUCUUCCGCUUCCCGCUCCAUGUCCACAUCGGCUCGUGGCUCCAGCUCUGGCUCUGGCGCCGCGGCUACGGGCUCUGGCUCGUCGGGCAGCAGCGGCUCUUCGUCGUCUGGCAGCAGCUCCAGCGGCAGCACCUCGGGCGCCUCCUCUUCGCUCGUCGCCUCCGCUUUCGGCAUCUUUGCCUCGGUCGCCGCCGUCGCCGCUGGCGCCUACCUCCUCUAA